GGUCACUACAUCACUACAAUGUUCUUUCUGAUGUAGCUUUCUUAACAUUAUAAUUAGAAAAAUAAUUAAUCAAAUAUGCUAAUUUAAAAAUGGAGACAGAGCGUGGAGACAGGGGACGAUACGGCAACGGCAAAUCGGCAACCGGUUUCAAGGAUUUCGUGCACAGACUGCCAGCUUACAACAAGGGUUUACUGAAGCAAUGUGUGUCAUUCCACUUCUACAACUUUCCUGAAGAUUGGGGAGCGAAGCAACUUUUCUUUUUCAUUAGGAGAGCGGUGAAAAAAGGAAGACUGUGGGAUAUCUUUAUACCGAGUAAGAGGGACAGAAGAGGCAAUAGGUAUGGUUUUGCUAGGUUCUUGGACGUCAGGGACUAUCAGGCGAUGAAGAAGCAACUAGAAAACAUGUGGAUUGGAAACAGAAGGGUGAUCUUUAACCCUGCAGAGGAUAGAAGAGAAGAGCAACGCAGAACGACUUCAAAGCUGUCGGAGAAGGCAAGAUGGCAGAGUAGCAAAAAAAAGACCACUUAUGAAGAUCACAUGAAGGCGGUUGAAAGAAGCAGACCAGAUUCAAAACUGACAUACGCUCAAUGCCUCAUGCAACAUAGAGAUGGAGGAAAGCCCAGAGAAAUAGGAAAGAAAGAACCCACACCAUCAGAUGCCAGAGACGCCCGGCGAAGUUUAAACAGAGAAUCAAAUAAGUUACAUGAUACUGGAGGCUUCAAGUACAAAAAGGUGAUAGAGGCAACAGGAACAGACAAGGUAGAAGAGAAGCUGAUGAAAUGUGUUGUCGGGAUGGCUUUAUCUCCUUCUAUCAUUCCAAGCUUUCCAGAGAUUUUCUUUAAUGAAGGAUUUCCAUCGAUCAAAAUUGUUCCAAUGGGAGGCAACUUUGUGUUAAUCGACGGUGACGACCCGGAGAGUAUACAGGAGUUGGUAGAUGGAAAUCUUGAGUGGGUGUCUCACUACUUUGACCGGGUUAAAAUCUGGUCACCAUUAGAUAUGGCAGAAGAAAGGUUCGUCUGGGCAAGAAUUCAAGGGCUACCACUGCAUGCUUGGACUGAAGAAAACUUACUUAAAAUUGGUAACCAAGUGGGUAAGUGUGUAUCAGUUGACGAAUACACUCUCUCUAAGGAGUGUUUGGAUGUAGCAAGGGUCCUGGUAUCCACCAAAUCUAAAUCAGCAAUAAAUGAAGAAUUUGUCCUUAAAGUGAAGGGCAAUCGAUACAAUAUUGCUGUAGUGGAGGAGAAUUGGAGAAAUGAUCCUUGGUGGCUGAAGAAAGUACACAACUCCAUCACUGAAUCAAAAGUGAGUUCAUCGGAGUCUAACCCCGGCGACGAUUUCGGUGAGUUCGAAUGUGACUAUUCAAACGGUCCAGAAGGAGGGGAAAUUCAAACUCCUCUCAAAGAUGUCAGUGGCAUUAAUUAUCCUGACAAUUUGAGAGGCUCAAAGCAAGUUGUUGAGGAGAACAGGGAGAUAGGUGGCGCACUGUCUAAUCAGGAGCGGGAGAAACAAAGUGAGGGGAACGAAGACAACCAAACAAGAAGGAACCUCAACAGUAACGGUAAAGUUCCAGCAACAAUAGAUUGGGUAGCCCAAUUUAGAAGCCCAAGUGGUAGCAAAUACAAAGCCCAGUGUGAUGAAGACAAAAUGGGGUCGGACAAGAAAGAGGGCAGCAAGUUUCAAGCUUUUGUAAGCCCAAUAAAAUCUCCAAACACUCCUGCAGAAAUUCGAGUUGAAUCUAUGAAAUUAGUGACUGGAACGAAGCGAGGAAAAAGAAGGAAAGCAAGGGUUCAGCCGAUCAAUUUUGGGGGGGAAGUAACACAAGGCUUUUUAUCAGAAGGGGAUAUUGUCUGCAACAACAGAAGAAUCAAGGAAGGAAUGCUCCCCGAGGAAGUAAAGAAGGUGCUGGAUCUGGGAAAAAAGAUAGGGAUCGAUGUCGAAAAUCGAGAAGAGCUGAUUCUGGGAAAAUUCACAACAAUGGAAGAAAGAGACAAGCAGGGGUGUGGUCGGGAGAUACCAAGUUCAGUCAAAAGAAAAGAGGUGAGGAGUCUUUUACAAAAAGAGGGAAUUAGCUUUGCUUGUUUUCAGGAAACUAAAAUGGAAGUAAUUGACAAGGGUUUGUGCUUGUCUAUUUGGGGGCGAGAUAAUUUUGAUUGGGUGUUCAAGGCCUCGGUGGGUAGAUCAGGAGGAGUUCUUUGUAUUUGGGAUAAAGAUUUUUUUGAGAAAGUAUCAGUGGUUGAGAAGCCAGGAGCCUUAGCAAUUUUUGGCUUAUGGGGAGAAAAGAAGCAAAAGUGUUGCAUUGUGAAUGUAAAUGCCUCAUGUAACAGAAACGAAAGAAUGGAAACAUGGACAGAGCUACUGAAGAUGAUUGAGGAAGGGGAAGGAUUCUGGUGCAUUGCUGGAGAUUUCAAUAGCGUGAGAUCAACGGAGGAGAGAAGAGGAAGAUCUGAGCACUCCAGAUAUAGGGAGGACCUUAAUGAAUUUAUUGAAAAUGCAGGAUUGGUUGAUUUGCCAUUAAUAAGAAGAAAAUUUACUUGGUAUAAGGGUGAUGGGUCAGCUAUGAGUAGGCUGGAUAGAUUUCUCCUAUCAGAUGACCUCCUUAAUUUAUGGGGUGAUUGUUGCCAAGUUGGUUUAAACAGAAUAGCUAAUAGCAAUAGGCUGAGAAAAAUGAUUCGAGGCAUUCAUAAGGAUGGUUCUUGGGUGGAGGAACCCAACAUUGUGAAACAAGAAGUGCAAGAAUACUUCAGAAAAAUUUUUCAAGAUGAGCAGUGGGACAAGCCAAAGCUAGAUGGGUUACAAUUUAAACAACUCACUGAGGAGGACAGAAUCUGGUUGGAAAGGGCGGUCUCAGCAGAAGAGGUGAAACAAGCAGUGUGGGAAUGCGGAGGCGAUAAAUCCCCUGAUCCUGACGGCUUCAGCUUCCAUCUUGUUAGAGCUUGCUGGACAGUGAUUGAGAAAAAUGUUGUUGAAUUUGUGCAGGAGUUUUCCAGAAAUGACAAGCUGGCAUACGACUGUGUGAAUUGGGAUUUCUUAGAUGAAAUGAUGACGAGACUCGGCUUUGGUGAAAAAUGGAGAAUGUGGAUAAAGGAAUGUCUGCAAACUGCUUCAAUUUCGAUCCUCGUUAAUGGAAGUCCAACUGAAGAGUUCAAAAUGGAGAGGGGGAUCAGACAAGGAGACCCAAUUGCCCCGGAAAGGGACGAAGAACAGAGGAUCAAAGAGAUCAUCCUAAGAGAGCUAGUGGUAUCAUCCCAACCGGACCAAAGAAGAUGGAGUUUCGAUACCGCAAAUGGCUACACGGUGCGCAAGGCCUAUUCUUUGAUGGCUGGUCAAAAUAGAUUAGUGGAGACAAGAAUUUGCAGAAAGCUUUGGGGCAAAUUGAUCCCGUCCAAGAUCAGCUGCUUCGGGUGGCGCCUUAUUUUGAAGGGACUUCCGACGAAAGCAGGGAUCCUAAAAAGAGGUAUCCAGCUUCAAGAGGAGGAGACUUUUUGCUGCAUUUGUAGAAAGGAAUUGGAGGAUGACAACCACUUGUUUGCCACAUGCCCAAAGAUCCAAAGUCUGUGGAUGAGAUGCUACAACUGGUGGGGGAUAUCCCUAACCCUUCCUAACACAAUUUCUCUUUUAUGUGAAGCUCACAGUAUAGGGAUCAAAAAGUGGGUAAAUUCUGAAGUUUGGUUUCUGAUUUUCUUCGUGGUUGCAUGGUCUAUAUGGUACACAAGGAACUCUAUUAUACACAACUCACAACAAUGGGAUGAGGAUAAAACUUUUGACUUAAUUCAAAGGAGAACAUUUGCUUGGAUAAGGGGAAGAUCUACUAACACUAUGUUUCCUUUUUUCUAUUGGUGCAAUUCCCCUAGUACAUGUGUCCAAGAAAUUCCCAAAAGGUAGAUUUAACAUUGAAGUUUCUUAGUCAUCACUUUAGUUUUUGGAACGAUUCCAUAGUUUGAGGAUGCUUUCAUUAUCUCCGAAUGCAUUCUCUGUUGUAUUUGCUAUGACUUUUUGAUGUUACAGAUUGAGUACCCCUUAUACUCCUACAGAUAAUAAAUUUUGAUUCAUCUA